CCAGGCAUCACCCCGCUCCCCGCCUGGGUAGGGAGACCUGGGGCCACCCUGGGUUUCUGCUGCUCCUCCCGACACCGGAUCGCUGCUCCGUUCUGUGCUCGGUGUUGGUUUAGGAGCGGUGAAGGCGCCGUGUCAGCCCCGAGGGGUGCUGCCUGUCUGUAAGAGCCGCGGUGGUCGCGGCCGGAGGCUCCGCAGCAUCUGCUGGUGGGUUUGAACCUUCUGCUUGUAGGGUUAUUGGAAAGCGACUGGCUCCUCGGGAUUCCUUGCCUAAUCAGAGGUGUUACCUCCUCCUCUUCCCCUAGUGUCUCUUGACAUCAUUCCAUCCAUCAGUUUCAGAGGAAAAAAAAAAAACAGCCCAAAGCAGAACCCACCCAGCGUGCGAGCAGCCCGCACCAGCCCCUCGGCUCCGCUGUGGCUGCGGGGAAGAGCUGGGUCGGGCAAAGAUGAAGGAUGGGAGCGGGGCUGAGCUCCUUGCGCUGAAGAAUUUCGUGCGGGGUGGAUGGAGAGGAGCCCGGAGCGAUGCCCGCGGCACCCCGGGAGGGGAGCGCUGAGCCCCGCGGCCGCCCGUGACCCACGGAAGAAAGAAGCCCACGAGGUGUGUUCGCUCCCGACGGUCCUUUUUGCUCCAUGGGAUUUCCUCUGUCCCCCGCGCCUGACCUGAUGUGGACCGAAGCGUUUCUAACAUGAACUUUUUUUCUGGGAUCUGGUGGUCUCUUCCCUUGGUCUUGGUCUGGGUGACCCCACCCGUCACCUCCUCAUGGUGGUACAUGGGCGCCGUGGGCUCCUCGCGGGUGAUGUGCGACAACGUGCCGGGCCUGGUGAGCCGGCAGCGGCAGCUGUGCCGCCGGCACCCCGAGGCCAUGCUGUCCAUCGGGCGCGGCGUGGCCGCCUGGACGGCCGAGUGCCAGCACCAGUUCCGCCGGCACCGCUGGGACUGCAACGCCCUGGAGCGCGGGCAGCGCCUGCUCGGCCGCGUCCUGCUGCGCAGUAGUCGGGAAUCUGCUUUUGUGCAUGCCAUAUCCUCCGCUGGAGUUGUUUUUGCCAUCACCAGAGCAUGCAGCCAAGGGGAGCUGAAAUCCUGCUCCUGUGAUCCCAAGAAGAAAGGUUCUGCCAAGGACAACAAAGGCCAUUUUGACUGGGGUGGUUGCAGUGAUAACAUUGACUAUGGCAUUAAAUUUGCCAGAGCUUUCGUGGAUGCCAAAGAACGGAAAGGGAAAGAUGCAAGAGCACUGAUGAACCUUCACAACAACAGAGCUGGAAGGAAGGCCGUGAAGCGGUUUUUGAAACAGGAGUGCAAGUGUCACGGUGUGAGUGGAUCAUGCACUCUAAGGACCUGUUGGCUGGCCAUGGCAGACUUUAGGAAAACAGGAGAUUAUCUGUGGAAGAAAUACAAUGGAGCAAUUCAGGUGGUCAUGAAUCAAGAUGGCACGGGUUUCACUGUGGCUAAUAAGAGAUUUAAGAAGCCAACUAAGAAUGACCUGGUAUACUUUGAAAGCUCUCCAGACUACUGUAUCAGGGACAGGGAUGUAGGGUCCCUUGGGACAGCUGGCCGAGUUUGUAACCAAACCUCCCGCGGCAUGGACAGCUGUGAAGUGAUGUGCUGCGGCAGAGGCUACGACACCUCCCGUGUCAGUAGAAUGACAAAAUGCGAGUGCAAAUUUCAUUGGUGUUGUGCUGUGCGCUGCCAGGACUGCCUGGAAGUGGUAGAUAUUCACACCUGCAAAGCACCGAAGAGCGCUGGCUGGACCUCCCAGACAUGAUGCAGCAGGCUACUGAUGCUUGAGGACCACAGCCUUUGCCCUUCCUGGUCCGCACGGGGAAUGUGUCAGAGGUCUUCUCUACUUUUAUACCAGUUUUGCCUUUUGUCUUUCAUUGCACAGAAGCUGCUGAAUAAUCACAAACUCUGCAACAUUUACCUCCCAUUUCUGCAUGACAGUGUUGCUGCAGAGUUGUCUGUGCAUGAACUGCUGCCGCUCUGCAAGGACGUAAUUCUGCCAGUAGUCUUCCAACUGACCUGCAACUCUCCUCGGGACUUCUUGUGUCAAGUCAUUUUUGCCACUGGGAACACAGCAAGAUGCAAAGAUGGGGCAUUUCUUGUAAGACCACUGCCACCUGCAUGGACUGAGCUUGCUCAUGUGUCUUCCCAAGGAUCUUGUGCUGGUCACAGUUGUGCCCUGGCUACUGGCGUGCUCGGGAGUUUGAGCACCAGUUGGUGAUUCCUCCACAAGAGACAAUUUCCAUCCAGCCUGGGUGAAAAGUUUUAUCAGAGGGGUGUCUGUCCAUCCCUGGAGGACUGAAGUUUGCAAUGAGGUGGCAAGCUGAGGCGGCCACCUGAUGCCACUUUGACCAUUGUUAGCACCCUGUGGCUUCUCAUGGGGCAGAAAUUUGCCCAUGGAAAGAAGCAAAGACAACUGCACGAGAUGUGUUCAACCACAGCAUAUUCAUAAACUAUGAAAGAGUCAAAACAAAUGUCUUAGUUAUAUAUUUGUGAAAACUUACCAUAGAAGCUUUUAAAAGGUCAUUAAUACUAACUGCUGAGGGUGUUUUGUGAUCUGAAGGAUCAAAGAGAAGAGAUUUGUUUCCCGGCCUGUUGAGAGCUGGGUAUAGACCACUCAACUACCUGAGGAUAAGGUUUCCUGUUUUUCACUUACUGCAUAAACAGAAAAACAUUUGCAGAAAGUUGAUGGAGAAGGAAUUAUCUUGUCUCUGUAAUGAUGGCAUUUCUAAAGAAUCUAUUAAUUUUUAUGUUCUAUUAAAUUUAAUAAAUCUAUUAAAUGUAUUCAAAAUGAUACUUUCCAUACAGAUGGGGACUCCAAAAUGAGAUUUUACUCUGAAUACUUUCUGCAAAAGCUUACACCUGUGAUGAAGGGUGCAUCGGCUUUUUGUGGAGGCAGUUACAGGUUGCGCCAGGUCCAUGUUCUGGGCUUGGAUCAGCACAAGACAACAAAGUGCUGGAAAGAUGUGCACACUCAUGAGGGCCAGAAAUUGCAGCAUCACCGGAGAGGAGCUGGGUCAGAGAGGGACCAGUCCUCUACUCGGAGCAGAGACCAGCAACAGAGGCAAGAUGAAAGAUGGGUCCUGUGCCUGGAAGUCUAAUGAGGCUUUGGAAAUCACCCAUGAAGCGCAAAGACAGGCAAAAAAAAAGAAAAAAUAAUGUAGGAGGUUGAAGGGGUGAUAGAACAUAUUGUACACGCAGGUAAGAUUUCUAUAUGAAAAGGAGAAAGAGGAACCUUAGCGGGAACCUCAGUGGAUGAAAAAGUAAUAUACAAGUAGCAUGCUGUGGCACUAAAGGGAGUGCUCUGGUUAUGUUUUUUUUGUUUUUUUGUUCUUUUUUAAAAGAAUAUUUAAAAGAAUGGAGUUUUGCAUUCAAGAGUCUUGCUAGAGCAGUCAUUUACAUCUGAAAGUCUCUGGAAAAAGUUUGUCUAAUUCAAAUGGGCAAGUCACCUCCAGAAGGUGCAGCUGGCAUUAAAAGAUUAGGAGGAUCAGAAAGGUGUAUUUAUUUGGACAAUAAGAUAAUGUUUCAGUUCCUGUGCAUGGCAUUAAUAUAUUGAUCGUGCUAGAAGUAAGAAUAAUCACAUUUCUGGGUAUAAAGCAACUGCUGUUGGGAACAGCCCUGUUAGCAUGUGCAGUGUGUGUAGGUGGAGACAGGCUCAGUUCUGGGGUUGGACUCUUGGCCUCAUUACUGCAGGCAAUUCUGGCUCUGGGCUGGAGAAGUUCACUCCUAAUUAUAUUUAAAGGUGAGUCCCAAGUAGAAUUUUUAUUAGGUUUUCAUUAUGAAAUAAAAUCUGCAUGUAGUUCACAACCUGACCAAUACCACAUUUUAAGCCUCAAACUUGAAGACCUUAAAAGCAGUGUAGUAUUUUUAUUUUUUUCUUUUCGUACCAGGUGUUUUGGAAGAGUCUGGAACUCUUUGAGGAGUUCACAAAUUCACCAUGUAAUAAUGCAGAAAAUAUUUCAGUGUUCUGGGAAAAAAGGAAGCCUCAUUCCUAUGAGGGAGCUUGUUCUAGGAGAUUGAAUAAAAGGUAAUGAAAUCAGACACCUUUUUAAUUCCAUUGCUUGAUUAAUACAUCAGAAAGCAAACCCACCUGAAGUCUGCAGUCCCAGGUAAAGUGUUUUGGGAUCAUUGCUUUAAAGGUGGAACUUUUAUUCCCACAACCCAGUCCUCCUCCACCAAGGUAUGUCAUCUUGUGACAGACUUCCCCCUGGUCUGUGUUUCGGUGGUCAGUAAGAACAGGACCGUGGUGGCGUUGAGUAUCUGGCCUUUUUUUUUUUUAUCCCUUAUCACCAGCUCUGUUUAGCUGUGGGGCCACCAAAGGUGCACAGCAGGCUUUUAUUAGGAAUUUAUAGGAAUUUUAUGUUCCACACAAGUGCCGUAUUAACAAGCUGCCAUGCAAUCCCUGCACCAAACCAACUUCACCAGAGGAAAACCAGAAUAUUUUGCAGCACAACAAAUGUGUAACAGCUGAGCUGGCCAAUUAUUUGAUUAAUUUUUUUGCCAUAGUUAUGAAUUUUUUUAAGGACUCAAGGUUGGCUUCUUACAGCUGUAAGCAUUUCUGCUGCUUCUUCUAUGAAGAAAGGACUCCUGGGAGCUUUUGCUAUUUCUUAGUGGGAAGCGAUGCUCAGAGAUGUAAAUAUUGCUAGGAAAAGCACCUCACUGACCUUCAGCUAAUCAAAUAAAAGGGGGCGGGAACAAAGGGAGAGGAAGAAGAAGGAACAGAAAUCAGGAAAGGCAAAAGAAAUAAUCCUGUAUUUUAUUCCAUGGAAUAAAUUUACUGAUGUAUUUAGUCAUGAAGAGGAAACAGCUGUCCCUAGGUAGACGCUCUUGUGUCAGAACAAUGUUAGAUGGAUUGGUUGCAUGAUUCUUUUUUGAAAAUAUGCAGCCCAAUUUUCUUGAGGGAGUUCCCUUUAAUUUGCUGCAUGAAAUCAGAAUCUAGCAGCAAUCUGAAAUGCCAUUAGCCUGCCAAGUGUUGGGGAUUGCUUCCUCCCCACGAUUUCCUUUUCUAACAAACUUAACCCUAGAAAGUGUUGAGCUGUUUUAGGAGAAAUCUCAUGAAUAAAAUAUAAUUUUUCUUUUACUGCAUGGAAAAUGGGGAAUGACUUGGCAAAUGGUGGUGUAUGUUAAGGCACAUGAGUAUUGCAGCUUGAGCUAUUGUUGUGCUGCCUUUUUUUUUCACUGCAAAAAUAUCUAAACCAGAUUUUUGCAUCUCACCCUUCUGUGACCUUCUUUCCAGACAUGGAUUAGAAAUAAAUUUCUGCAUUCUUGGUACUGUGCUGCACAGCUGCUGAAGGGCAUCCAGCUUGGAUGCCCAAAUCACACGCGCCUUUGGCAAGCAGCCAACUGUUGGGGUCACACAUAAGAGCCUGCAGGUUUCUCCUGCCGCUUCUGUUUACACAAGUGAGCUUAUAUUAUUAUCUGAAAGCUCUUCAUGGGCUGCAGUCACAAAACAUGAGGGGUUUUUUUGGUGUAAUAGCUCAUUUUCUGAUGGCUUCAUCAUAGAUGAUCUUCUCUUUUCCACCACUAAUUGGGUGAAAGAAGCAAAUGUACAGGAAUCAAUGUAUUGAUUGGUUCCCUCCAUUGUUCCCAGGUGCCUCUCUGCGUGCCACUCUCAGGGCUGGGCACUACCUUGCGUGCUGUGCCUUGACAGCAACAGCAUGGAGAGAGGGGUGCGUGUGUAAGGGAGAGGUGCAGCUUCCUUUGGAUGUUUCCCUACUUGUAGGCUUCUGCAACAUAACGUAGGAAAACUCCUGAUAUUUUCUGUUGCUUCUCCUGGAGUAAGGACUUCUGUGCUAUCCCACAGAAAAAAAUCAAGCCUGUGUAUUCAGCGCUCACAUCAAGUGACAGAAAAUCAUAGAAUUGCUUGGUUGGAAAAGACCUGUGAAAUCCCUGAGUCCAACUGUACCUGUCCACUACUAAAUCACAUCUCUGAGCACUUAA